CGGGCGGGCGGCGAGCCUCCGGCGGCUGCCCCAGGCCGUGGGAGUGCGCUCUGGUCCGGCGCGGCCCGAGGUCGCUGAAGCCCCGGCCGUGCGGGAGCCUCGUCACCGAGGGCCGGCGUGGCCGUGACCGAUUCUCUGUGCUUCCCUGCAGGACCACGGUCGGGUCGCGACUGGCGGCACAGUCACCGCACUGUGGUGCAAGCGGCCUGUCGUUUCUUAGGCGUUGUCUUUGUAAGCUCAGGGAUCCUUAUUAGCUCACCUGGUUCGACUGAGUCAUCCGGAGCUGUUUUUUCCCUAGCUGGGGUGGAAGUUCUACGAUGCAGACGAUUAUCAUUCUCCAGAGAAUAAAAAGAAGAUGGCAGAAGGGACGCCACUAAGCGAUGAGGACAGGAUUCCCUGGCUUUGUGCAUUGCAUGAUAUACUAAGGAGAGAAGACUUAUCUAGACAAGAUGCAGUUCUGGCUUGUUCGGCACUGAAGAAAAUGUAUAGGCAUGUGCUGGCUAUUGGAGCAUCUGCAAUCGAAAGCAACCAGCCAGGGCAACCAGGAGAAAACCCAGCACUGAAGAUCCUCUUUGUUCAUUUGGAUGGGCCUAUAGACAUCAUUGCUGGCCGCUUGGAGAAGAGGAGAGGGCAUUUUAUGCCACGUGAGCUUCUCAAGUCUCAGUUUGAUACUCUGGAGCCUCCUACUGCACCAGAAAACUUUAUUACUGUCAGUAUAGAAAAAUCUCUUUCUGAAAUAGUGCUGGAGAUUGAAAGCACCGUUUUUCAGGGUUGUCCACAGAAAGGAAGAGACCCAUCUCCCUGCCAGCUCUGCUCUCAGUGGAAAGGGUUGUUUUAUCAUGCAGGCACCAAACCAAGAAGAGAAUUAGAGAAAGUACAUCCUUUGCAAAACUGGCCAUCUUGCUGUCACAUUCUCAAAGGUACCGUAACAGUAUUUGAUUCAAAAGUAUGCACAUUUAGUCUUUUAUAUGUCAGUUUACACUACUUCGGCUCUCAGGUUUCUUGGUUUUGCAGCAGUUACUUUCUCUAGCAGUAGUUUGAUGACCAGGCAAGGCAGUUUUGUGGACAAUCCUAUCUAUCAGAGCAGACUUAACUGUCAGCUUGCUUCUGAAAGAAAAGGUAGAUGAUACUGCUGAAGAGAGAAUUUUAAAGAAGGACAGGAUGAAGCAACAAGUAUGAGGGUGGGGCAAAAGCA